AUGACUCCGAGCCUUGUAAAUCCAAUCAUACCAGGCUUUGCGCCUGAUCCCUCUGUUGUACUCAUUGGGGACACAUUUUUCUUGGUCAAUUCGACAUUCCAUGUAUUCCCGGGUCUGCCCAUCUACGCUUCCAAAGAUCUCGUGAACUGGAAGCAAAUUGGAAAUGCAAUCAACCGGCGGGCCCAACUAAGUUUGCGCCAAUCCGUUACAAAGAUAAAUCCGCCCUUCAAAAAUGGCGAAGUCAUGCUCUCAACCGGUGGGUUAUACGCUCCAACUAUCCGGGAACAUCAAGGCACCGUGUAUGUGGUUUGCACGAAUAUCAUUCAUGCAGUGGAAGGAGGUCCUGAUAUCAGCGAGAAUUUCUUCGUUACAACGCAAGACAUUUGGUCUGAUGAGUGGAGCGACCCGAUUCCGUUUGAGUUCAGAGGAAUUGAUACUAGCUUGUACUGGGACGAAGAUGGCCGUGCCUACAUGCAUGGUUCUGCUGGACCUGGGCCGAUGACGAAGAUUCAUCUUUUCGAAAUUGACCUCAAGACGGGCGAGAAAUUAUCGGAAGAAAAAAAGAUUUGGGAUGGCACUGGGGGCAUCUACCCUGAAGGACCUCACAUCUACAAGAGAGAUGGGUGGUACUAUCUCUUGAUCUCUGAAGGAGGCACUCAUGAAAAUCACAUGAUUACCGUCGCUAGAGCUACAGAGAUUUUCGGCCCUUAUGAAGCAUUUUCAAACAACCCGAUACUCACAGCGAGAGACACCGAUGAGUACAUCCGUUAUACCGGCCACUGCGAUAUGUUCCAGGACCAGAAGGGUGAUUGGUGGGGUGUCUGCUUGGGAGUCCGUAAGGACUCAGGAGGUAGAUAUUUCAUGGGCCGAGAGACAUUCAUCACGCCUGGAACAUGGACUGAGGGCAAUUGGCCAACUUUGGAGCUAGUGAAGUCGACUCCCAAAGGUCUCGCCGUGCAAGAUCCAGCCUCUCGAAUUACUGCGAAACCGAAUAUUGAUUUCGUCUACAUACGAGAUGCAGAGUUGAACAGGUACAAGAUCUCGGAAGAUGGCAAAGAUGUCACUCUCAAGGCAUGUGGUGUCGAUUUAUCGCAUCCAACGGAUUCGCCCUCGUUCAUUGGGAAACGUCAACGGGUACUGGAGGGCGCUUCGAUAGUGACGCUUGAGCUGCCCAACGAGCCCAGUGGUGCCCGAGCCGGACUCGCAUGCUACAAAGAUGAACAUCGUUAUGUGAGGAUCUUUUAUGACACCAAGGCAAGUGCAGUCGUGUUUGAGAUCCUCAACAAGGCACAGAAUAUUCACAGAACGACAAAACAUGAGAUAAAGGUCGGCGAUAGUUUGGGACUGAAAUUGGAAUACACCGAACAAGAGUAUCGGAUACUGUACCGGGACUCUGCCGAAGGAAGUGCCGAAUGGAAAUCCCUGGCGACGGUUGACACGCUCGAACUGACAAACCCAGACUUUGUUGGUCCGGUCAUCGGAGUCUUCGCAUUGGUGGAUGAGCAGUCGGCUGAAGUUCGCUUCAAAGAUCUUAAGAUAGAAUAG